GGAGACCGAGGGAGGAGGCGGCGAGGAGCGCGCCGGCCGUGGCCGCGGGGGGGGGGGGGGUUUGGAAAAAUGACUCAGUAAGUUCAGCGCUCCCGCUCCGGCCGGCCCUGCGCCUCCCGCCGCGCCCGGGAUGUAUUCGUCCCCGCUCUGCCUGACCCAGGAUGAGUUCCACCCGUUCAUCGAGGCGCUGCUGCCGCACGUCCGCGCCUUCGCCUACACCUGGUUCAACCUGCAGGCGCGGAAGCGCAAGUACUUCAAGAAGCACGAGAAGCGCAUGUCCAAGGACGAGGAGCGCGCGGUGAAGGACGAGCUGCUGGGCGAGAAGGCCGAGGUGAAGCAGAAGUGGGCGUCCCGGCUGCUGGCCAAGCUGCGCAAGGACAUCCGGCCCGAGUGCCGCGAGGACUUCGUGCUGGCCAUCACCGGCAAGAAGGCGCCGGGCUGCGUGCUCUCCAACCCCGACCAGAAGGGCAAGAUGCGCCGCAUCGACUGCCUGCGCCAGGCCGACAAGGUGUGGCGGCUGGACCUGGUCAUGGUCAUCCUCUUCAAGGGCAUCCCGCUGGAGAGCACCGACGGUGAGCGCCUGGUCAAGGCGGCGCAGUGCGGCCACCCGGUGCUUUGCGUGCAGCCGCACCACAUCGGCGUGGCGGUCAAGGAGCUCGACCUCUACCUGGCCUACUUCGUGCGCGAGCGAGACGCGGAGCAGAGUGGCAGUCCCCGGGCAGGGAUGGGCUCCGACCAGGAGGACAGCAAGCCCAUCACACUGGACACCACGGAUUUCCAGGAGAGCUUUGUCACCUCCGGUGUGUUCAGUGUCACGGAGCUCAUCCAAGUGUCCCGGACCCCCGUGGUGACUGGGACAGGACCCAACUUCUCCCUGGGGGAGCUCCAGGGGCACCUGGCCUACGACCUGAAUCCAGCCAGCACGGGCAUGAGAAGAACCCUACCCAGCACUUCCUCCAGCGGGAGCAAGCGGCACAAAUCGGGCUCGAUGGAGGAAGACGUGGACACGAGCCCCGGCGGCGAUUACUACACCUCGCCCAGCUCUCCCACGAGUAGCAGCCGCAACUGGACUGAGGACAUGGAAGGAGGCAUCUCGUCGCCGGUAAAGAAGACAGAGAUGGACAAGUCACCUUUCCACAGCCCGUCUCCCCAGGACUCACCUCGCCUCUCCAGCUUCACCCAGCACCACCGGCCUGUCAUCGCCGUGCACAGCGGGAUCGCCCGGAGCCCUCACCCGUCCUCCGCCCUGCACUUCCCCACGACUUCCAUCCUGCCCCAGACGGCCUCUACCUACUUCCCGCACACGGCCAUCCGCUACCCGCCUCACCUCAACCCCCAGGACCCGCUCAAAGAUCUCGUGUCGCUGGCCUGUGACCCAGCCAGCCAGCAGCCUGGACCGUUAAAUGGAAGUGGUCAGCUCAAAAUGUCCAGUCACUGCCUUUCUGCUCAGAUGCUGGUACCCCCGCCCCCUGGGCUCCCGCGGCUGGCGCUCCCCCCCGCCACCAAACCCACCUCCGAGGGAGGAAGCACGUCGCCGACCUCGCCCUCCUACUCUACGCCCGGCACGUCCCCUGCAAACCGUUCCUUUGUGGGAUUAGGACCAAGGGAUCCAGCGGGCAUUUAUCAGGCACAGUCCUGGUAUCUGGGAUAAGAAAGAUUUCUUCCCACGCCCUGCUCCUCCGUCGCGGGAAUCCCAGGGGGCCGCACUGCCGGCCCCGGCCCACGUUUUCAGUGGAAAGUUAGAGUGAGCGAGACGACCCUGCCGACUCCCAGCCUGGCCGGAAAGACAGAACAGACACACACGCGCAGGAGGGAAGCAAGCAAAAAGAAAAAAGGCAAAAAAAAAACAAAAAAAACCAACCCACCAACAACCACAACAACAAAAAAAAGACAAACAGAAAAAAAACCACCAUGAAAAUAAACCCACCCAUCCAAGACGACGAACAGUAGAGACGGCCACCCCUCAGAACUCUCGGGACGCCGCGGCCUGACCCGAGGGCCAGGCCCCGCCACAGGUCCGGUCCGCUUCGCCGCUCCGGGCGCCGUCCUCAGUCCUCACUCACUCAUCUCCGGCUGCUGCUCUCCGAGGGCGGGCGCCCGCUCCCCGCCUCCGCCCCAGACCAGGUGAGCGCGGCCCAGUGCCCCGGCCCGGGCCCCACCGGGCAGGACACCCAGCAAGGCCACUUCUCCCUGUGCCCCCGCCGCCGGGACGCCCGCCCGGCCUCGGUAUCUGCCGAGUGGGGAGGCGGGUGCUGGGGGGGGUCCUGGGGGGGGCGGUUGGCAGGCAGCAGAGGCCGAUGUGGAGGCCCGGGUGGGCAGUGAAACGACACAGGCAGAAGAGGGUUGUGGGGAGACCCUGGGUGUUGCCAGGGCACUGGGACACGUGGUGGGAGCAUUAUCAGGAGCGUCCCGUGGCCGAGGGCCCUCCGCCUGGCCCCUGCCGGCCCGGCUCGGACUUGGGCUUGCAGCCGCGCGCCUACCCUGUUUGGGAAGAAAAGUCUCUAUG